GAAACGUUUUGAAAGAUCAGUCAUCUAUUGGCAGGCUUGACAAUGAGGUCGAUUUUGCUAGUGAUUCUGCUGGUAGUUGGAAGAAGUUUGGCCCAACUUGUAGUCGGAGAUGGCUCACCAUUAGGUGCAUAUAAUAGAGGCCGACUAGAAAGUUACCAUCAAGAAGAUCUAGUUUUCGGAGAAAAUACUGGAGGCCCCCUUGGAAGUAUUGGAACUGGAGACCCAGAAUCCGUCCCAGAGCUCAUUUCUGGAUCUAAUAGUGGAGGACCUUUUGCCAGAAAGCCUCCUCAAAAAACUAUAUGGGUCAGAGAAAAAGGAGGUAGACUGGUUGAAGUCCUUAACCAUCAUCAAGGAGGUUUAAUUUCCGGCGGACCUAGUGGAGGUCCCUUUGGAAAUGGAGAUCCAGAGUCUGUCCCAGAACUCAUUACUGGAUCUAAUAGUGGAGGUCCUUUUGCACGUAAGCCUCCUCAAAAAACUAAAUGGGUCAGAGAAGAAGGAGGUAGACUGGUCGAAGUCCUUAACCAUCAUCAAGGAGGUUUAAUUUCCAACGGACCUAGUGGAAGUCCCUUUGAAAGUACAGGAACUGGAUAUCCAUUAUCCACCCAGGAACUCAGAACUGAAAAUCAAAUUCAGAAACUUCAGAAGCAAGUAAUGGAACUGCUUCUUGAGCAAUCGCUCAAUUAAAAUUGAAUUCAAAGGUGGCAACCUUAACGAAUAAAUUCAAAUCAAUUAAAUCAACCAUU